AUGGAGGACAUCAGCACGUUGGAGCAGGCAAUGGCGGUCAUCAGAGCGUUACAGGAGCAGCUCGUAGACUUGGACAGCACGGGGAAGGAGUACGAGUUUCAGUUGGAACAGACGAUCCAGCUGCUCCGACAAGAGCUCGAGCAGGUACAGCAGCAGGCCUCGGAGAAAAUCACACGGCUCGAGAUACAGAUAGAUGACUUGCAGGAGCAGACACGGGUGUGGAAGUCCAAGUACAUGGACGAGUGCGAGCAGAAUGGGAACUUGCUCCAGGACAAGCUCAUCCUCGAGUGCGAGCUAGAGAAUGUGAAGGAGGAGGUGGCGCGUAUGCGGAUGGAUGGCCCGCUGGCGCUGGAUAUGAGCAGCGGGUCGGAAAAGACUGCGUCACCGACGACGCCGGGGUCGACUGUGAGCGGUGUGCUCGGUCCUGCGCUGGCCUCUCCAUUGUCCCUCCAUCGGUCGAUGUCUGCGACGAAUUUGCACUCUGGCGUUCCUAUGAAGGGCACGCCGGUGCCGGAAGUCGGCCUGGGGCUUCUGCCGCAGCAGCAUAGCCCGCCAUCCCCGCAACCGAUCCGCGUAAUGUUCAAGGGGACGUCGUUAAUGCUCCAAUCGAUGGCGGCGGAGGAACCGAAAUCGAUAGUACCGAGCUUAAACCAGGCCACGGUCGUGACUACCACGAAUACACAGGUGCCGCGCAGGUAG